GCUUAAAAGCGUAAAUCUUUCUUCCACAGCUAUAGCUUCCAGCGUCUCAACUCCAGAUCGAACUUCCAACAUGUCCAACGCUAACCAAUCUACCACAAGUUUCAACAACAAUCACGUUGAAAGAAUUGCUAUUGUCGGAGUAAGUCGAUUCAAAAGUAAUAUGAUUUCAAGUCUGUCUGCGUCAGCAUGUAUUAACAACCUUAUCUUCGUAGGCAGGCGGCCAAAUCGGUGGCUACAUCACUGAAGCGCUCCUAAAGACAGGUAAAUUCAAGAUCACUGCUAUCACUCGCAGCGACAGCACCUCACAAGUUCCCGCCGGUGUCGAGGUAAAGCGCAUUGAUUAUGACAAUCAAACAUCCAUUGUCGAAGCUCUUCAAGGUCAAGAAGUCCUUCUUAUCACCAUGGGCACCAGAGCACCAAGUGAUCAGCAGACAAAGUUGAUCGAAGCCGCCGCUGCUGCCAAAGUUCCUUUUAUCCUCCCUAAUGAGUUCGGUGGCGACAAUGCCAACGUGGUAAGUCGCGAGGAUGUCUUUGUCAACGCGGCCAAAACUCAAUACCGCGAUCACAUUGAAAAGCUUGGAGUGAGCUCUUGGAUCGGUAUCUGCACUGGCUUCUGGUACGAAUUCAGUCUCGGUCUCGGCAAUUACGGAAUUGACAUCAAGAAUCGCUCCGUGACCUUCUUCGACGACGGCAAUACUCGUAUUACCACCUCUACCUUCCCUCAAGUUGGUCGUGGAGUCGCACAGCUGCUCAGCUUGAAGGUUUCUCCCGAUAAUGAACAAGAUACCACUCCAUGCUUGAGUAACUACAAGAAUAAGUUUGCCUACAUCGGUUCCUUCACCGUCAACCAGAGAGAGAUGUUGGAUUCCGUUAUGCGCGUCACUAACACGACUGAGCAAGAUUGGAAGAUCCAAAGUCGCCCGAUCCAGGACAUAUACGAUGAAGCCUCACAGAAGCUUCAAAAAGGAGAUUACUCUGCCUUGGUUACGGUACUCUAUUCACGCAGCUUCUUCAAAGACAAUGCGGGUAAUACUGCAUUAACCAGAGGCCUUGAUAGCGAUAAAUUGGCCUUGCCAAAGGAAGAUUUGGAUGAAUUUACCAAGAUUGCUGUCGAAAGAUCGGAGAAAGGUAUUACCUACUAGAAGAAUAACCCUGUGAAGAAUAGAUACCAGUCAUGCAUGUCUACUCCUAAAUGUAUAAAUAGCUAGCUUUACUCACUGGUAACAUAUGUCUCACUGUCUUAACAAAAAUAUAAAAUGGACAAAGCUAGAGCCACUCCUGAUUUCAACUUUAAUCGCGUUGAUCGUCUGAUGAAACAAGCUUGGGGAUUGAGCUUGUUUCAAGCCUUGCA